ACCCGGUGAGCAGGAAGGUGUACACGGUGGAGGACAGUCGGUUCAUCAGCGAGAACAACGAGACGACCUGGGCGUGGGAGGCGCGCGGCGAGAUCAACGGAACCACAGGAAAGCCUUACCGAGAACAGGACAUGUGCAUGUACUCCCGCUACAUGGGCUACACACUCUCGGUCAAGUGCACUGCCUUCAUCCCGAACAUCCUCGGCCUGGUCAUGCUGUUCACGCUCGUGUCGCUGUACGGCCGCUUCCCGCCGAACCAGGCACAGCAGGUCAUCAUGCAGCACCUCGUUAGCUUGUCUCUCUUAGUAGCAUCUAAGGCACCAGGUCUCUUGGUUAUGAGUACAUGCUAA